UUACAACACAACUGCUGCGAUAGUGCGAUCAGUAUUCGGGUUUCAAUUGAAACUUUGAAUAGCGAUAACGAGUAACUAAUCGAAGUAACAGCAAUAAUAAUAGUCUAACAGUUAGACUAUAAUUUAUAGUUAUAAUAAGUGACUAAUAGUUACCCAUUAGCUAAUGUCUAACGAUUAAAUUUUUAAAAUCUAUAACGCAAUACGCCCGAACUGUUGCAAGUAUACCUACGCAGUUUUAAAAGUGACUGCACUCACCACGCCCACGUUAUAGGUGUCUAUAAGUUCUCGUUCUAACAUUUGUCGGUAUUGACCGGCCAGCCGUUAUUGAUAAUAUCAUCCAAUCGUUUACAGCGAGUGUGUCAAGUAUACGUCAUGGACUCGGGUGGCAUAGAAUUUUUAUCUCAAAUUCAAGAAGGACAACUGUACAAGUACACAAAUGUAGUCAAAGGAUGGCAACACAGAUGGUUUAUAGUGGACCCAAGAGAAGGAACACUGAGUUACUUUUUGAGUGAAAAUGAUACAAAACAACAACCACGGGGAUUUAUUUUUUUGGAAUCCGCUGUUGUAUCUCCAAGUGAUGAAGAUUCAAAUACAUUUUCUGUGAACUCUUGGAAUGGAGAAUGUUAUAAGUUAAGGGCUGUUGAUGCACGAGCUAGACAAGAUUGGGUGAAUCGUUUGAGAGCUGCUGCAGAGUAUCAUUCCCAAAAAAACGUACAAAAAUAUUCACGAACAAAUUAUGUGUAUGAUUUUUGCCCAAGCGGAGUUAAAAGAUCUUUGGCUAAUGCACGACAAUAUUUAUCUCAGGCUGAAAAUAAUUUUAUUGACAUGGCUCGAGUCAUAGAGAAGCUACCAUCUCAAGGUCCACGCUUAAGGAAUACUGAUCCUGACUUAUUAAUAAUAAAAGCAACAUCGCAGUCAAUGAUGUGUGCAUUAGAAAACUGUUAUAAGAUUCUACAACAUUCAAGCAUCGAACAACCAAUCAUUCGAACUUAUUCAUUUUUGAAUUCCAAACAAUCUUCCUCAUCAUCACAUUCUAAAAGAAAAUCACACACAACAAGUUCUUAACUAAUAAGUAAUAAAUUGGCAUCAUGUUUCUCUCUUAUUUUUAUACCGUGAUUUAUGUAUAUUCCAUUAAUUAUAUUUGA